UUGGCAGGAAACUUACAUUCAUCCAAAAGAGAGGAAAAAAGAGAAAACAAAAGAAAAGAAAAUAAGCACCAAUCAUUUUCUUGUCUCCCAAACAAACCCAGCGGCCAGACCUUCCUCUCUCUGCUCUCUGCUCUCUGCUCUCUGCUCAAAACCUUUUUAUUUUGAAAAAUUCAACUUGUCAAGAUCUGAAUGCAUCAUCAACUUCACUGGCAAUUCCUAAGGUUCGUGAUCAAUCUCGAUUCCAUGGUUAACACUGUAAAUGCAGCUUCAAAUUUGUAAACUUAGAAGUGGGUAUUAGGCCAAACAAACAAAAGGAAAAGGAAGAUUUGUUGAUCCAGAACUUGUAUGCUUUGGUGAAGUGGGUAUUAAGAAAACGGAAAGAAAAUGGUGUUUUGGGAAGGAUAUGCGACUGAUGAAGCAAUGGGGACAUUUGCCCCAAUUGUAGUAUAUUGGUUGUAUGCUGGGUUUUAUCAGCUGUUACCGCCUUUGGAUAAGUACCGUUUACAUACUAGAAAAGAGGAGGAAGAGAAGAAUUCAGUGCCUCUCGCUUCGGUUGUUAAGGGUGUUUUGCUUCAACAGCUGGUUCAAGCAACAGUUGCUCAAGUGCUCUUUCUGUUGACAUCAACGGCAGAUAUAUCUGGAACCACCAUACAGCCUUCCAUUCCUGUUCAAAUUGUGCAAAUUAUUGUUGCAAUGCUUGUCAUGGAUACAUGGCAGUACUUUGUGCACCGUUUCAUGCAUCAAAACAAAUUUUUGUACCGUCAUAUCCACUCCCAACAUCAUAGGCUGGUUGUCCCCUAUGCAAUUGGGGCCCUUUAUAAUCACCCACUUGAGGGUCUCUUGCUUGAUACUUUUGGCGGUGCCAUCUCUUUUCUCAUCUCAGGAAUGACUGCACGAACAGCUGUAAUUUUCUUCUGCUUUGCUGUGAUUAAAACUGUGGAUGAUCAUUGUGGGCUAUGGUUGCCUGGCAAUAUAUUCCACAUUUUAUUCCAGAAUAACUCUGCUUAUCAUGACAUCCAUCAUCAACUCCAAGGCACAAAGUACAACUACUCUCAGCCAUUCUUCCCGAUGUGGGAUAAGCUACUUGGAACUCACAUGCCUUAUGUUCUUCUAAAGCGACCGGAAGGAGGUUUUGAGGCAAGGCUAAAAAAGGACUAGUUGCAUAUUUCUAUUGUGUAAUACUAGAGGCUCGCGCUUCACACAGGAACAAUUUUUUGAUGAGGUUGUGCCAUUCUUAGGAAGUGGAAUUAGAAUUGGUUUGCUUGAGGCUUUAAGUUGUAGGGUUCCGGCAGGAGGUCAUUGGGUUAAUUUAUUUCUGGUUGCAUGAGAAUGUUCAAAGUGUUACAAUUAUUUCACCAACCAACUAUAUUUGUUGUUAAUUAUGCCAUUUUGGGUUGUCUAUCGUA